CCCGGGCGCGGCGCGGCGCGGCGCGGCGCGGCGAUGGGGCGCAUUGAGUGGGCCAUGUGGGCGAACGAGCAGGCGCUGGCGGCCGGCCUGAUUCUGGUGACUGGCGGAAUUGUGGCAGUUUCGGGGCAGUUCAAGAAUUGGGAGUUCGCUGCAUAUUCCAUAGCGGCUGGAGUGUUGAUCUGCCUCCUGGAGUACCCCCGAGGGAAGCGGGAGAAGGGCUCCACUAUAGAGAGAUGCGGCCAGAAGUUCCUCACACCUGUCGUGAAGGUGCUGGGACCCCUCACUAGGAAUUACUACGUUCGGGCCGUCCUAUACGCAGGCCUGGCCGUCCCAACAGGAUUCCUGCUGGCCACGAUCCUCGGCACAGUUUGCCUGGCCAUCGCGAGCGGCAUCUACUUGCUGGCCGCCACGCGUGGGGAAAAAUGGUUUCCCAUCGAAUCCAAGCCGCGGGAGCGAACGCCGCAAGUCGGAGGCACCAUCAAGAACCCGCCGACCAACCCGCCCCCUCGGCCCCCCGCAGAGGCACGCAAGCAGCAAGGCAGCAAGGAGGCCGUCGGCCAGGAGAACCCCAUCGAGGUCAUCACGGAGGAGCAGUGACUGGCUGGGCUGCCCCGCAGAGCGCUCGGCCACGGCUGUUCUGCUGCGCCCGAUGGGCAGCGCUGCCAUUCUGCGGUGGAGCGGCAGAUCUCCCCCUGCUCUGCAAGCCCUGGAGCCUUCCUCCUCGGAUGCUUUCCCAUCGCCUGAUCCCCUCCGCCCACAUCCCCAGCUUCCCCCGGACGCUCCCCCCCAGGCCCGGCGGUCCCCAUGGGUCGUUCGCCUGACGACCAGUCCUGGAGGCUGCCUCCGACUUCCAGCUGGGCUCCCCUUUUCUAGCCUCUUCUUCUGAAUGGGAGCCAUUCCGUGUCCUCUGGGAUUUCUCAUCUUUUUACGUGGUAAUAAAAUGCCCCGUUGGGGAGCCUUUUC